AUGAUCAGCCAAGCCAAGCCAGCAGGAGCGGGUGGUGGUAGUCAUAGGACAGGGACGGAGGGCGUGGAAAAGGGGGAGAGGGAUAACGGUUGGGGUGUUGGCAAUGCCGGUGACUGUGCUACUGACGCUUCUGGGUGUGCUGGUGAAGGUACUUUGCCUUCUUGCUCGAGUCAGAAGGUGCGUGCAGAUCAUGAUAGUGGGUGUGGCCGAUGGCUUGGUGCAUCUCGAGAUGAAAUGUACCAGGGGAAUGACUCAUGCUUCAAAGAUGACACGGGAUGCUUUAAAGACGACAGGUGCGUCACAAGAGACGAUGGCGGAUGCGAACUGGACGACGACACGUGGUCUGGCGGGCGGAGGAGCCGUGGGAGAGCCUCAGCUUGUGCUGACUUGGCGGUGGGUGAGUCAGCAGCAGAUCAGCUGUGGGCGGCAGUGGAGGAGCUUCUGGAGUGCCCUGUCUGCUGCAUGGAGCUGUCUGCUCCCAUCUACCAGUGUCACAGGGGCCAUGUCAUUUGCUCCGCAUGCAUCAGCCACCUGGCGCACCAUUCCUCAUCAGAUUGCCAUGCAGGGGUGGAGGCUGCAGCAGACUGGGUGGCCGGGACAGCAACAGGCUUGGUCACAGGUGCAGCAGCAGCGGCACCACUGGCUGCUGCGUCACUAGGAGGGGCUGUGUCGCUGUUACAUGCGACAAACUCUCCUCUCUUAGCACCGGGACGUGUUACUAUUCGAGGCAUUACUCCUCACAGCAAUUUGUUUGGCUCGAGGGUUGGUGUAGAUGGGGCGUGGAGGGACGGACACAGCAACAAUAGGGUUGGUGGAACAGGCGCUGAGUCGUUCCUGACCACGGAGUACAAGUACUUGGCUGUGUUCAUGAGCGGCUUUUCCGUGAUCAUCUUUCUAUUCCUUGGAUCCGUCGACAACUUCGACAAGCAGGGUAUCGCAAACGCUGGUUUCAGCACCUUGGCCUUUAUCCUUGGAGCUCUGACCUCGACGGGUUCCGGAUACCUCGGCAUGAAGAUUGCUACAUAUGCUAACGCGAGGACCACCUUGGAAGCCAGGAAGGGAAUUCCGGCGGCAUUUGUGGCUGCUUUCCGCGCUGGAUCGGUCAUGGGUUUCCUCCUGUCGGCGAAUGGACUGCUGGUGUUGUUCCUGACCAUUCUCGCGUACAGGAAGUACUACGGCGAUGACUGGGCUGGGCUGUACGAAUCCAUCACAGGGUACGGUCUUGGUGGUUCUUCUGUCGCCCUGUUUGGUCGUGUUGGUGGUGGUAUUUACACCAAGGCUGCUGAUGUUGGUGCGGAUCUUGUGGGCAAGGUUGAGAGGAACAUUCCCGAGGACGAUCCCAGGAACCCUGCUGUGAUCGCCGACAACGUGGGAGACAAUGUGGGUGACAUUGCUGGCAUGGGCUCUGACCUGUUCGGCUCCUUCGCCGAGUCCACCUGCGCAGCCCUUGUGAUCUCGGCCCUGUCUCAGCCUGGAAAGGACCAUGAUUUCUCCGCCAUGUGCUUCCCGCUUCUGGUCAGCGGUGCUGGUAUUCUUGUGUGCCUGAUCACCACCAUUAUCGCCACCGAUAUUCAGCAAGUGAAGGAGAAGGCUGAGAUUGAGCCCGCAUUGAAGAAGCAGCUGGUCAUCUCCACCGUGCUGAUGACACCCGUGAUCUUCCUCGUCGCGUUCUACGCUCUUCCGCCUACCUUCAAGAUCACUGUUGUCGGUCAGGGCGACAAGGUUGUUCAGAACUGGCCCGUUCAAGACGUCGCUGACUCUUGCCGUACUGGUGCGGCCACCAACAUCAUUUUUGGCCUUGCCCUUGGCUAUAAGUCGGUUAUCAUUCCGGUGUUCGCUAUUGCCGCUGCGAUCUACGUGAGCUUCCAGUUCGCUGGCAUGUACGGCAUUGCCCUGGCUGCUCUUGGCAUGCUGAGCACUCUUGCAACUGGUCUGGCCAUUGAUGCGUAUGGGCCAAUCAGUGACAAUGCUGGUGGCAUUGCUGAGAUGGCGGGUAUGGGUGAGGAGAUCCGUGAGCGCACCGAUGCUCUUGAUGCUGCUGGAAACACCACUGCUGCCAUUGGCAAGGGCUUCGCCAUUGGUUCUGCUGCACUGGUGUCCCUCGCUCUGUUCGGAGCUUAUGUGAGCCGGGCAAAGGUUAACGUUGUCAACGUGACUGAGCCCCAGGCCUUCGUGGGGCUCCUUGUUGGUGCUAUGUUGCCCUACUGGUUCUCUGCCAUGACCAUGAAGAGUGUGGGCAAGGCUGCCCUUGCAAUGGUGGAGGAGGUUCGUCGCCAGUUCAACACCAUGCCCGGCCUGAUGGAGGGAACCACGAAGCCAGACUACAAAAAGUGUGUGGAGAUUUCGACUGCUGCUUCUCUGCGUGAGAUGAUCCCUCCUGGCGCACUUGUGAUGCUGAGCCCUGUGAUUGCGGGAACUCUGUUUGGAACCACCACUCUGGCUGGUAUGCUGGCGGGUGCGCUGGUGUCUGGCGUCCAGAUUGCCAUUUCCGCGUCCAACACUGGUGGUGCAUGGGACAACGCCAAGAAGUACAUUGAGGCUGGCAACUCUGCUCAUGCCAAGAGCCUUGGCCCCAAGGGCUCUGAUCCCCACAAGGCUGCAGUUAUUGGCGACACUGUUGGUGAUCCCCUGAAGGACACAUCAGGCCCGUCCCUGAACAUUCUGAUCAAGCUGAUGGCUGUGGAGUCUCUUGUGUUUGCUCCCUUCUUUGCCACUCACGGUGGCAUCAUCUGGGGUGGCAAGUAG